UAGUUGUGAGAAACUGAGAAAAGGAAAGUGUGUGUUCUCCCUCGUUUGCGCAUGUAAUUCGGCGUAGGGUAGUUUGUUUUCUGUUUCUUAUACUCGUUUCCAGAAAAAAGAAAAGGAAAGUGUGGAGACAGAGGUUCUCUCCUCCGUGCCGUCCCUCCCGUUCAGAUCCACACACUCUUCAAUUUAUUUCCGUUGAUUUGAGGGAAGAGAAUCCUAGGUUUUUUUUGUCGGUAAAUUGAAUUGAUUCAGUUUUUGGUGUUGGUGAGUGCGAAGGAAUUUGAAUUUGAAGAAGAAGAAAGAUGGGAGAGAGGAAAGUGUUGAACAAGUAUUACCCACCCGAUUUUGAUCCUGCGAAGCUGCCCAGAGCGAGAAGGCCCAAGAACCAGCAGAUCAAGGUCCGCAUGAUGCUUCCCAUGAGCAUUCGAUGCAACACUUGCGGCAAUUACAUCUACAAAGGCACCAAGUUCAAUUCCAGAAAGGAAGAUGUUAUUGGCGAGACAUAUCUGGGAAUUCAAAUAUUUAGGUUCUACUUUAAGUGCACUAAAUGCUCAGCUGAGCUGACCAUGAAGACAGACCCUCAGAAUUCGGACUAUAUCGUUGAAUCUGGUGCAACCAGAAAUUUUGAACCUUGGCGUGCAGAGGAUGAGGUAGCUGAUAAAAUGAAGCAGAAGAGGGACUCUGAAGAGAUGGGAGAUGCAAUGAAAUCUUUGGAGAAUAGAACCCUGGAUUCUAAAAGAGAGAUGGACAUCCUUGCUGCAUUGGAUGAGAUGAAGUCGAUGAAGUCUAGGCAUGCAACUGUCAGUGUUGAUGAAAUGCUAGAGGCAUUGCAACGCACAGCAGCUGACAAGGAGAAAAGGCUGGAAGAAGAAGAUGAAGCACUGCUAAAAUCAGUUGUCUUUCAUAAUUCAGAAGGUUAUGUUAGAAGAGUUCGUGAUGAAGAUAUUGAAACUGAGGAGGAAUUGGUUGAGCUUUCAAAUGGACAUGAUCCAAAGAGGCCAAAAUUUUCAGAAGAUCUUCCAAGCAAAGCAACUGACACAUUGAUGAAACCCAGUUUGGAUGAUUCUGGCAAACAAGAGAAUUCAUGCGGCAGUGGUGGAAAGCUUAAUCCUUUGGUGAGGAUUUCUGUGAUUAAAAAACCAGUUACCUCUGAUAUUAAAUGUCCUGCAGAACCAGAACAAAAGAAAAAUGAGGAAGAUUACAAGACAAAUACUAGCAAUGGACUACAAUCUUUGUGUCAACACUAUGGAAGCGAUGAGGAUUAGUAGUCAUAAAUAUUUGUUCGCAUUUGAUUGUAAAUUGUAUUUGUGAUGGAGUGGGUGUAUAAUGUAUGUUUCCGUUGUGUCAGAGAAUAGAAAUACUUGGUUUACAUGAUCUGGCAUAAAUGCCUAUUAUUAUCUUUUUUUUUGUUUUUAUACAAGCGAAAAUUGAACACAUAACCUAAUACAACUUAUCUAAAUU